AUGCCUCCUCCUCAACCUUCAAAUGCCUCAUCCACCAAACCCAACCAGAAGAUAUGGUUCUCUCAUGCACCGAAUACAAAUGAAUUCCAACAAGGGCUCUUAGGUCUUACUGAAUCAUACUUAGCUGGCAACCUGUGUAUUCAAUUCCCUGAAGUAAAACCUCUGAAAGCUAAGAAAAUUGAAGUGUCUAUUACAGGCACCGAGUAUGUUUAUUGGACAGAUGAGGUUUUCAAAACUCGUUACGUACACGAUUCUAUCAUUGGACAAUACCGAGAGGAAACUUCCAAUGAGACAACCCAUUAUCGCCACGAAAAACAAUUCCUGAACAUACCAUCAUUACUGUGGAGAAGUAACGAUUUAAUUGACGGUGCGACGUCGAAGAAAGAACCAUAUGCAAAUAUUACACAGAUGAUUCUUCCAUUUCAAAUUUCCUUACCUAACAACUUGCCGCCAUCGAUGAAUUUAGGGAUAGGGCACAUUUAUUAUAAUGUGUGUGCAAAAAUCAAGAGAAAAUCUAAAUUUUGGAAACUCCAAGGUUCAGAAAAGUCCAUUAAAUGCGAAUGCUUGAUUACGCGGUAUAGUCCAAUGCCUUCUCCGUCACCUGUUCGAUGGGUCAAAUGGGAUGAUCAAGAAGCUCAGAAGCGUGGACUGGGUUAUGAUAUCUCAACGAAUUACAGUACAUUUGGUCCUGUGAAUCCUGUUGUUGUAAACUUGGCCAUUAAAUUCUUAACAUUGGAUUUAAAAUUAACUGAAAUAUUUGUUGGAUUAAAAGAGUAUCGUUUGUUUAAGGCUUCUGAACAGGUAAAGAUUGAGAAAGGGUAUAUCCGAGAAUUAAGAGUAUCGGGGAAUCAGUUUCCAGGAGCUUUGGAUGCCUAUGAUGAAUGGUCAUAUGAUUUUAAAAUUGACGUGCUUGAGGAGGAGGUUAGUUGGGCUACCAAAACGCAUCAUAUUGAGGUGUAUCAUAAAGUUAAGAUUAAGAUCAUAUUUGGACCUGGUGAUCCAAAAAAUGUUAAAUUGGCAAGAAGAAUCAACAUUAAGAAUAUUUUAGACGUUAACGAUAUCUAA